CGCCGGGCAGUUCGCGCGGGAGCCGGGCGCAGAAGCGCGGAGGCUGCAGGUCGGUGGGAACGGAAGCGCCUGUAGGGCGGAGGGGAAGCCAGGAUGGCGACUCCGAGUAGGAAGACGUCGACCUCAAGCUCCCUGGCCUCCAAGAGAGCUCUCCCGAGGGAUCCUUCGUCGGAGGUCCCGAGCAAGAGAAAGAGCUCGGCCCCUCCGGCGCCGCCGCCGCCGCCACUGCCGCUGCAAUCGUCCAGGCCUUUCGUGGAAGGCUCUAUCGUCCGCAUCGUGAUGGAGAACUUCUUAACGUAUGAUAUCUGUGAAGUAUCUCCUGGACCCCAUCUGAAUAUGAUUAUUGGAGCUAACGGCACAGGAAAGUCUAGCAUCGUGUGUGCCAUUUGUCUUGGAUUAGCAGGCAAACCUGCUUUCAUGGGACGGGCAGAUAAGGUUGGUUUUUUUGUGAAGAGAGGAUGUUCCAAAGGAAUGGUUGAAAUUGAAUUGUUCAGAACUUCUGGAAAUCUUGUAAUCACCCGUGAGAUUGAUGUGGCAAAAAAUCAGUCUUCUUGGUUCAUCAACAAAAAAUCUACAACCCAGAAAGUAGUAGAAGAGCAAGUUGCAGCCUUAAACAUUCAAGUGGGCAAUCUUUGCCAGUUUUUACCUCAGGAUAAAGUUGGAGAAUUUGCUAAACUGAGUAAAAUUGAACUCCUUGAAGCUACUGAGAAGUCUAUUGGUCCUCCAGAAAUGCACAGAUACCAUUGUGAACUCAAAAACUUCAGGGAGAAAGAAAAACAACUAGAGACCUCAUGCAAAGAGAAAACUGAGUAUCUAGAGAAAAUGAUUCAGAGGAAUGAAAGGUAUAAACAAGAUGUGGAGCGGUUCUAUGAACGUAAGCGACAUUUAGAUUUGAUUGAGAUGCUUGAAGCUAAAAGGCCGUGGGUGGAAUAUGAAAAUGUUCGUCAGGAGUAUGAAGAAGUAAAACUAGCUCGAGACCGAGUGAAGGAAGAGGUGAGAAAACUUAAAGAAGGGCAGAUCCCUAUGACCCGUCGAAUUGAAGAAAUUGAGAGGCAGCGUCACAUUUUGGAGGCUCGAAUCAAAGAGAAGGCAACAGAUAUCAAGGAGACCUCUCAAAAAUGCAAACAAAAGCAAGAUAUUAUAGAAAGGAAAGAUAAGCAGAUUGAGGAACUGCAGCAGGCAUUAACCGUAAAACAGAAUGAAGAACACGACCGCCAGAGGAGGAUAAGUAACACUCGGAAGAUGAUUGAGGAUUUGCAGAAUGAACUGAAGACCGCAGAAAACUGUGAGAAUCUUCAGCCCCAGAUUGAUGCCAUUACAAACGAUUUGAGACGAGUUCAAGAUGAAAAGGCAUUAUGUGAAGGCGAGGUAAUUGAUAAGCGAGGAGAGAAGGAGAGCCUAGAGAAGGAGAGAAAGAGUGUGGGUGAUAAUAUUGUACGAUUUGACAAUCUUAUGAAUCAGAAGGAAGAUAAGCUGCGACAAAGAUACCGUGACACAUACGAUGCUGUUUUAUGGCUAAGAAGUAACCGGGACAAAUUUAAGCAAAGAGUCUGUGAGCCUAUAAUGCUCACGAUCAAUAUGAAAGAUAAUAAAAAUGCCAAAUAUAUUGAAAACCAUAUCUCAUCAAAUGACUUGAGAGCUUUUGUAUUUGAGAGUCAAGAAGAUAUGGAGGUUUUUCUCAAAGAGAUUCGUGACAAUAAAAAAUUAAGAGUAAAUGCUGUUAUUGCUCCCAAGAGCUCAUAUGCAGACAAAGCACCUUCAAGAUCUCUGAAUGAGCUAAAACAGUAUGGAUUUUUCUCUUACUUGCGAGAGUUAUUUGAUGCACCUGAUCCUGUCAUGAGCUUCCUUUGCUGCCAUUAUCAUAUUCAUGAAGUUCCUGUAGGAACUGAAAGGACCAGAGAAAGAAUUGAACGGGUAAUACAAGAAACCCGGUUAAAGCAAAUGUAUACAGCAGAAGAAAAGUAUGUGGUGAAAACUUCCUUUUAUUCAAAUAAAGUUAUUUCUAGUAACACAUCCCUAAAAGUAGCCCAGUUUCUCACAGUCACUGUGGAUCUAGAGCAAAGAAGACACUUAGAAGAACAGCUAAAGGAAAUUAAUAGAAAAUUGCAAGCAGUGGAAGCAGGGUUGAUUGCCCUAUGUGAGAGAAACAAACAUCUAGAACACAAAGACAAUGAGCUUAGACAAAAGAAGAAGGAGCUGCUUGAAAGGAAAACCAAGAAAAGACAAUUGGAACAAAAAAUUAGCUCCAAACUAGGAAGUUUAAAGCUGAUGGAACAGGAUACUUGCAACCUUGAAGAGGAAGAGCGAAAAGCAAGUACCAAAAUCAAAGAAAUAAAUGUUCAAAAAGCAAAACUUGUUACUGAAUUAACAAACUUUGUAAAGAUUUGUACUUCUUUGCAUAUUCAAAAAGUUGAUUUAAUUCUUCAAAAUACUACAGUGAUCUCUGAGAAGAACAAAUUAGAAUCUGAUUACAUGGCUGCUUCAUCACAACUCCGUGUCACAGAGCAACACUUCAUUGAGCUGGAUGAAAGUCGACAGAGAUUAUUGCAGAAAUGUAAGGAGUUGAUGAAGAGAGCUAGGCAAGUAUGUAACCUGGGUGCAGAGCAGACGGUUCCUCAAGAAUACCAGACACAAGUACCCACCAUUCCAAAUGGACACAACUCCUCACCCCCCAUGGCUUUCCAGGAUCUUCCAAACACAUUGGAUGAAAUUGAUGCUUUAUUAACUGAAGAAAGAUCAAGAGCUUCUUGCUUCACAGGACUGAAUCCGACAGUCGUUGAAGAAUACACAAAAAGAGAAGAAGAAAUAGAGCAAUUAACUGAGGAACUAAAGAUAAAGAAAGUCGAACUGGAUAAAUACAAGGAAAACAUUUCACAGGUAAAAGAAAGGUGGCUUAAUCCUUUAAAAGAGCUCGUAGAAAAAAUUAAUGAAAAAUUCAGCAAUUUUUUCAGUUCUAUGCAGUGUGCUGGUGAAGUUGAUCUACAUACAGAAAAUGAGGAAGACUAUGAUAAAUACGGAAUUCGCAUCCGAGUCAAGUUCCGCAGCAGCACACAGCUGCACGAGCUGACCCCACACCAUCAGAGCGGUGGUGAAAGAAGUGUUUCCACCAUGUUGUACUUGAUGGCGCUUCAGGAGCUUAAUCGAUGUCCGUUUAGAGUCGUGGAUGAAAUCAAUCAGGGAAUGGACCCGAUCAAUGAACGGAGAGUGUUUGAAAUGGUUGUAAAUACCGCUUGUAAAGAAAAUACAUCUCAGUACUUCUUUAUUACACCAAAGCUCCUGCAAAAUCUUCCUUAUUCAGAAAAGAUGACUGUAUUGUUUGUCUACAAUGGUCCUCAUAUGUUGGAACCUAACAGAUGGAACUUAAAGGCUUUCCAAAGGCGGCGGCGCCGUAUCACGUUCACUCAACCUUCUCAGUAAAAGGAAAAACAUACUGGGCUUCGAAAAUGGUAGCAGAACGUCUUUGAAAUGCCACAAGAUGGACACUAGAUGAUACAACGUGCAACCAAAAGAUUGACAAAAAAAUCAAGUAAUAAGGGUUUUUAAGGAAUAACCCUGUAAAGUGUGUGUGGGUUUGGUUUUGUUUUAAUUUAAAGUCAAUUGUAUUUUACAUCUUCAAUUUCUAAAAGCAUUUUUAUAAUUAUUUUUAGUAAGAUUUUUUUCUUAAGAUUUCAUAUACUGGUUUCUACAAUUUAUAUUUGAAAUUUCUCAGUGUUAUGUCAAGAAUGAGGGAAGCACUGAUGUGUUUUAAAACAUGUUUCUAGAACCUAAGCUUUCAGGUCCUUCCUUACAGUGUUGCUCCUAUCCCAUUGUCUUAAAAAAAAAUCUAGUUUAAACUGAGCAGGAAAGAAUUAGAUGAGAGAAUCAUUUAUCUCUAAGUUACACUAAUUAACAGUGCCAAAACAAAUUCUAUUCUUCUAAAAAAUAAAGCUUGUGAGAUAGUGGACUAAUCCAAGAACAUGUCUCUGAACAGCAAAUUGGAUCUGUGCCAGAAAUGACAAAAUUUUUUUUUUUUUUACUUGACAGCGUGAAUAAAUUGAAGAGUUGCCCUUAAUUUGGGUUUUGUAGAUUCAUAAAUAGCCAUGGAAAUUUAUAUUCUUAUUAGGUCAAAAAAUAAUGAACUGUAAGUCUUUACCCUCUCACUUGGACAUUUUCUCUUUAAAAAGGUAAUUUUUUCUUGAAAAAAAUUUUAAAAGAGCUUUCUCCUCUUAGCCUAUUGCAUGUAUUAUGAAAAUAUUUUAAAAUAACAUUUUUACUAUGUAACAACUCAUGUAAAACAUUGAAAAACUUGGUAACCUAUUAGUAAGUGGAUGUUGUUACCAAAUGUUUCUGUUGUUUAAUACUUUGUUUUCCACCAAAAUAUCUUUAAUAUGUGCUUACUGUCAUUUGUUUAUUGUCUGAGUUAGUGCUGGUCAUCUUAUUUCUGCAAAAUGAUUAUCAGUGUGAAAAGGAGCUUGAAGAUGAGGCGUGUUUGGGGGAAAAAAAAUGGUCAAGUACAUUUCAGUUUACAUAGGCAGUAAUUACUCCAUACCUUGUUUGUAAGCAUUUUAUAUUUCUCUACUGGACAAAGUUAAUACUUAGUUUUACAUUGGGUUUUGAGCUGUAAAGGAAAAAUUAUGUAUCAUUUUAACAUACUAAUAAGUCUAACACAUUAUAUUCUCAGCCACUUAAAACUUCAUAUAUUUUCUGCAGAAGUUGAUUUCUAAUUACAUACAAAUUGUAAAAACGCCAAGUGAAAGUCUGAUUUGAUUAAUAAAAUAUUUAAAACCUGAAGGUGACAGGUAUUUUUAAUGAGAAAAUCUUCACUGAUUUGCCUAAGGAGAGUCUCUAUUCACAGAUUUUUAGUGUUCAAAGUAAGAAAGAUUUUUUUGCUGCUUUCUGAUUUUUUGGACAAGUGCUUAUUUUCUUUGGCAUAUGAAUCUUUAGUAUGUGAAAAAUGUAAUUUUGUCCUGCUAUUGUGUGUGUGUGUGUGUGUGUGUGUGUGUAACUGGGGAAAAAAUUCUCUGUGGGAAAUGCUACUUUGUUGGUAAUA